GUGUGCUACUACGGUUGUGAGUGCAGCGAACAAUAAGAAAAUGAGAGCUACGUUCAGAAGAAAUGGAAUAAAUAUCCUGAACAGGAGAGUGACUUUGAUGCGAGGAUAUCUCCAUACGCCCGAUGCUAAGGAACCAGCAAAAAUGGAACUUGUCAUGGGGCCCUUAUCAUUAUUCCUCCGAUACCGAGUCAUUGACACAAACUAUGACGACUAUGCGGUCGUAUGGGGAUGCUUUGAAUCACCAAAGUACAGUCAGAUUUUAGGACAUACAGAAAAUCUGUGGAUAUUAUCACGGAACAAAACCAUUGGAAACGAAUAUAAGCAGCAUAUAUAUAAUUAUCUUGAUAGCAUAGAUGUCAGCAGAGCGGGACUUGUUGACUCAAACUUUGAAAACUGCACAUCACAACAAUACUCAGGUUAGAUAGAAAGGAAGAUAU